GGGUGUGCAGACUUUAGCAAAUAGACUUGACUUCAUUCGCUGUCGCCAAUACGCAACGUCAGCAGAAUUAGAAUACGAACCUUGGAAAAGAUGGGUGUUUGUGUGUCGAAGAACACUUCUAAGGAAGAGUUAAGGAAAUCAAUAAAAAGGAGAGUAAUAAUAACUUCGGAUGAACAGGAGGCAAUUUUGAUUGCUGAAAUGAGGAACCAACUGAGGAAUGUUUAUGGCCAAAACUCCCUGGGGUUAGCGAUGAUGGAAAUGACAGAAACACCAAAUAUUAUUUGGAAGGUAACUGAAAUCGAAAAACUAAACAUGUCACAUAACUUCCUUCUAAACAUUAGCCCUGGCAUCGAGAAACUCCAGAAUUUAGUCAUCCUGAAUUUACUGGGGAAUCAGUUGACUGCUCUGCCGAAGGAGAUUGGGCUGCUGAGGAAGCUGAAUGUUUUAUUUGCCGAUUGGAACUGUCUGCAGGAAGUCCCAGUGGAAAUGGGUUGCUGCAGGAAGUUGAAGGUGCUCAGCCUCUCCCACAAUGCAAUAUCAUCUCUCCCGGAGAACCUGGAUGAGCUGAAGAAACUGGAAAAGCUCAACUUAAGCAACAACCAAUUUGUCCAAUUGCCCGUGUGCAUCUACGGGAUGAGAAGGUUGACUUUCUUACACAUAGGCUGCAACAGGAUCGAAAGUAUCUCUGAAAGUGUGGGCCAGCUGGAGAGCAUGAGGAUUUUUAUCGCUGAGAGAAACAAGCUUCGAUUCCUGCCUAAAUCCAUCUGUUUGAUGCAGCCCCUGAAGCUUCUCAAUGUGAACUACAACAAGAUUGAAAACCUGCCCACAAAUCUUCCCAUGUUGAUGGAGUUAGAAAGGAUAGCCUGCCACUCACUGGACACAGGCCUCCAUGUCAAAUUCAACCCACUUGUCAAACCACUGCCAGAUCUUGUUGAAGAAGGGCUAGAAUCUCUCUUUGAUUAUUUAAAACCCAAACGAGACAAUGAAUGACUAAAUUCUCGCUGAAAAUCUACAGGGUUUGAGUGCAGAUUUCAAAAAUUCACCUCUGGAAUUAGUUGAUGACUGACCUUACUUUGAACCACAACCUUUGUACAUACACUAUGAGGUGAAUGAGUUUGCAAAGGCACGUCUUAGAAAGCAAAAAUCUUCCUCGUAGAGAUAUACUAAAACAGGAUAUGUUCAAAAACAGCUUUUGUUUUCUAUUUGACGAAUGCUAUUUCAAGGCGUUGUGUACUUUUGACUGGUUUGGAAAAUGCUAUCUGGAAGUAAAGAAAUAUUUAUCAUUUCAAAUAUUGGUUCUAACUCUCUACCCUAUCUAUGCCUCCCAAAAUGCUAUAUACUUCUAUCAGGUCUCCCCUCAGUCCCUGACGCUCCAGAGGAAACAAGUCCUGUGAUUUCUAUGUAGAAACAAGGAACUGCAGAUGCCGGUUAAUACGCAAAUGGACACAAAGUGCAGGAGUAACUCAGCAGGUCAGGCAGUAUCUCUGGAAAACAUGGAUAGGUGAUGUUCAGGGAAAUAUUUGACAUCAUCUUCAUCACUAAUCCUUUGAUUACUAUGUAGAAGCAAGGAAUUACAGAUGCUGGUUAAUACACAAAGGGACACAAAGUGCUGAACAACACGUGCUGAAGAGCAACUCUGAAGAACAUGUGUAGCAAUGGGUGAUGUUUUGGGUUGAGAGCUAAAACAUUACCUAUCCAUGUUCUCCAGGGAUGCUGCCUGACCUACUGAGUUACUCCAGCACUUUGUGUCCUUCUGUGAUUCCUAUGUUCCACUUGAUACAAGGUCAUCCACUAUGCAAGGGAUAGACAACACCCUCACUACCAGCCUCUUCCCCACCUCACUCUGGCGUCCAACAACAGUCAUCUAAAAAACAUGUCACAGAUAAACGCAAAUAUAUCUCCCGCCCAAAGCAGGCACAUUUAUAUUUUUCCCUUUGGCCCACAAUGUCCAUGCAAAACAUAAUGCCAAGUUAAACUAAUCUCUGCGUAUACAUGAGCCGUGUCCCUCCAUUCCCUGCACAUCAACAUGCCUCUCCAAAAGCCUCUUAAAUGCGACUUUGUACUUGCCUCCACCACCACGCCUGGCAGCAAUUUCUAGGCACUCACCACCCUCUGUGUAAAAAAACCUGCCCCUUUAAACUUUGCUUCUCGCACAUUAAAGCUAUGCCCGCCAGUCUUUGACAUUUCUACCGUGGGGAAAAAAGGUUCUAACUCUCUAGUGUACCUAUGACUCUCAAACUGUUAUAUACUUCUAUCAGGUCUCCCCUCAGCCCCUGACGCUCCGGAGAAAACAAUCUAAGUUGAGUUAAGCCUGAAGAAGGGUCUCGACCCAAAACCUCAUCCAUUCCAUCUCUCCAGAGAUGCUGCCUGUCUCGCUGAGUUACUCCAGCUUUUUGUGCCUAUAACCAUAUAACACCAUAUAACAAUUACAGCACGGAAACAGGCCAUCUCGGCCCUACAAGUCCGUGCCGAACAAAUUUUUUUUCCCCUUAGUCCCACCUGCCUGCACUCAUACCAUAACCCUUCCAUUCCCUUCUCAUCCAUAUGCCUAUCCAAUUUAUUUUUAAAUGAUACCAAUGAAUCUGCCUCCACCACUUCCACUCGAAGCUCAUUCCACACUGCUACCACUCUCUGAGUAAAGAAGUUCCCUCUCAUGUUACCCCUAAACUUCUGUCCCUUAAUUCUGAAGUCAUGUCCUCUUGUUUGAAUCUUCCCUAUUCUCAAAGGGAAAAGCUUGUCCACAUCAACUCUGUAUAUCCCUCUCAUCAUUUUAAAGACCUCUAUCAAGUCCCCCCUUAACCUUCUGCGCUCCAGAGAAUAAAGACCUAACUUAUUCAACCUAUCUCUGUAACUUAGUUGUUGAAACCCAGGCAACAUUCUAGUAAAUCUCCUCUGUACUCUCUCUAUCUUUGGUUUAAACCAGCAUCUACAGUUCCUUCCUACACACUAAGUUUAGUGUGGUUCAGUUUACAAGUUCACGUUCACAACUGACCAAAACUGUUCACAAUACUCCAAAUGCAGCCUAACCAAAGUCCUAUAAUGUGGCCACAUGACUUCCUGGUUCUUAUGUUCAAUGCCUCAAUGAAGGCAAGAAUACCUCACACCUUUUUGUACCACUCUAUUCGGUGUAAUUUUGUGUAACAUAACCAAUCACCUGCAUGAGUUAUUUUCAUGUUCAUAAGGUCAUGUUAUAGGAGCAGAAUUAGGCCAUUCGGCCCAUCAGGUCUACUCCGCGAUUCAGUCAUGGCUGAUCCAUCUUUCCCUCUCAAACCAUUCUCCUGCCUUCUCCCCAUAAUUCCUGACACCUGUACUAAUCACAAAUCUAUCAAUCUCCGCCUUAAAAAUAUCCAUUGACAGCCUCCACAGCGUUCUGAGGCAAUAAAUUCUUCAGAUUCCCCACCCUGUGAAUAAGAAAUUCCUCCUCAUCUCUUUUCUAAAGGAACAUCCUUUUAUUCUGAGGCUGUGGCCUCUGGUCCUAGACUCUCCCACUCAUGGCCACAUCCUCUCCACAUCCACUAUGCAACCUUUCAAUAUUCGGUAUAUUUCAAUGAGGUUUUCCCCUCAUCCUUCUAAAUCUGGGUGGCAGUGAAAACUGUGAGGAGGAUGCUAUGAGGAUGCAGGGUGACUUGGACAGGUUGGGUGAGUGGGAAGAUGCAUGGCAGAUGUAGUUCAAUGUGGAUAAAUGUGAGGUUAUCCGCUUUGCUGGAAAGAACAGGAAGGCAGAUUGUUAUCUGAAUUAUGUCGUUAGGAAAAGGGGAAGGACAAUGAGAUCUGGGUGUCCUUGUUCAUCAGCCACUGAAAGUAUGUAUGCAGGUACAGCAGGCAGUGAAAAAAGCUAAUGGCAUGUUGGCCUUCAUAACAAGAGGAAUUCAGUAUAGGAGCAAAGAGGUCCUUCUGCACUUGUACAGGGCCCUAGUGAUACCACACUUGGAGUACUGUGCGCAGUUUUGGUCUCCAAAUUUGAGGAAGGACAUUCUUGCUAUUGUGGGAGUGCAACGCAAGUUCAUGAGGUUAAUUCCCGGGAUGGCGGGACUGUCAUAUGGUGAAAGAAUGGAACGGCUGGGCUUAUGUACACUGGAAUUUAGAAGGA